UGGGCGCGCGGUGGGUCGCUGCGGGAGACCCCUCCGGGGUGAGAGUGGGAGGGGCAGGAGUAACCAGGUGAAAAGGAGGGAGAGGUUGGGGAGACGGAUCCGAAAGACUCAGAAACCGCUAGGGACUUUCACCUGGGACCCCGGCAGGGCCCAGGAAGGGCAGGUGCGGAUUUAGAGGGGGCGCCGUACGCCUAAGCCAGCAGACUGAAUGACCAAUCACUCCCGCUUGGCCGUCCGCGGGAGCCUGUCUAGGGCACCGCAGAAAAGUCUCGGAGAGCCAGGAGGUGCCAGGGCCCAGACCACUCCUGGAGGGCCCGCCAGAAGCGCUGGAGUCCGUGGGCGCCGCCCGCCUCCGCCCAGAGGCAGAGUUGGGGGCAGGCUUGUCCCACCGACCCCGCGGGAUUGGCCCCGCCCCAGGGCCGCGGGGAGGCCCCACCACGAGAGGCGGAGUUCCCGCCGCCCCCUCCAACCCCCUGGACUGCGGCCCCUUCUUAAGCCCGUGAAGCUACUGGCUGCCCCUCUCUCGCCUCUCCCGCCAGACUCCCUCUCCGCGAUGGCCUCCGCACUGAGCUAUGUCUCCAAGUUCAAGUCCUUCGUGAUCUUGUUCGUCACCCCGAUUCUGCUGCUGCCACUCAUCAUUCUGAUGCCCGCCAAGUUUGUCAGGUGUGCCUAUGUCAUCAUCCUCAUGGCGAUUUACUGGUGCACAGAAGUCAUCCCUCUGGCUGUCACUGCCCUCAUGCCUGCCUUGUUUUUCCCACUCUUCAAAAUUCUGGACUCCAAACAGGUGUGCAUCCAGUACAUGAAGGACACUAACAUGCUGUUCCUGGGUGGCCUCAUCGUGGCUGUGGCCGUGGAGCACUGGAACCUGCAUAAGAGGAUCGCCCUGCGCACACUCCUCUGGGUGGGGGCCAAGCCUGCCCAGCUGAUGCUGGGCUUCAUGGGCGUCACGGCCUUUCUCUCCAUGUGGAUCAGCAACACGGCCACCACGGCCAUGAUGGUGCCCCUUGUGGAGGCCGUGCUGCGGCAGAUGGAGGCCAUGAGCGCAGCCACCGAGGCCAGCCUCGGGGCUCUGGAGCUGGCAGACAAGGGCAAGGCCGGCGAGCUGCCAGGGAGCCAAGAGAAUUUUGAAGGUCCCUCCAUGAGGCAGCGGGAGGUCGACAGGAAGAACAUAUGCAAGGCCAUGACCCUGUGCGUGUGCUACGCAGCCAGCAUCGGAGGCACUGCCACCCUGACCGGCACGGGACCCAACGUGGUGCUCCUGGGACAGAUGCAAGAAUUGUUUCCUGACAGCAAAGACGUCGUGAACUUCGCCUCUUGGUUUGGAUUUGCCUUCCCUAAUAUGCUGAUCAUGCUGCUGCUCUCCUGGCUGUGGCUCCGGUUUAUUUAUAUGAGAUUCAAUAUUAAAGAGUCCUGGGGCUGCGGGCUGGAGAAGAAGAGUGAGGAGAAGGCUGCCCACGAGGUGCUGUGGGCGGAGUACAGGAAGCUGGGGCCCCUCUCCUUCGCUGAGGUCAACGUCCUUCUCUGCUUCUUCCUGCUGGUCGGCCUGUGGUUCUCCCGGGACCCCGGCUUCAUGCCCGGCUGGCUGUCAAUCACCUGGGUGGAGGGCAAGACAAAGUAUGCCUCCGAUGCCACAGUGGCCAUCUUUGUGGCCAUCUUGCUAUUCAUUGUGCCUUCGCAGAAGCCCAAGUUCAACUUCUGCAGCCAGACUGAGGAAGAAAUGAAAACACCAUUUUAUCCACCUCCGCUGCUGAAUUGGAAGGUGGCCCAGGAGAAAGUACCCUGGGGCAUCGUGCUGCUCCUGGGGGGUGGCUUUGCUCUGGCUAAAGGAUGCGAGGCCUCGGGGCUGUCAGAAUGGAUGGGGAAGCAGAUGGAGCCCUUGCAUGCUGUGUCCCCAGCAGCCAUCACCUUGAUCUUGUCCACACUCAUUGCUGUGCUCACAGAAUGCACAAGCAACGUGGCUACCACCACCCUGUUCCUGCCCAUCUUUGCCUCCAUGUCACGUUCCAUUGGCCUCAACCCGCUGUACAUCAUGAUCCCCUGUACCCUGACUUCAUCCUUUGCCUUCAUGUUGCCCGUGGCCACCCCACCUAAUGCCAUCGUGUUUUCCUAUGGACACCUCAAGGUUUCCGACAUGAUGAAAACAGGACUAAUAAUGAACAUCAUUGGAAUCACCUGUGUAUUUUUGGCCGUCAACACCUGGGGACGGGUCAUAUUUGACUUGGACAGUUUCCCUGACUGGGCUAAUGUGACAGCACAUUGAGACUUAGGAAGAGCCGCAAGACCACGCCCAAGGCCCCUGCCCUCCUGAGGACACCCGAACCUUCCAGUACAACUUGUAGCAGAGCUUUGGGGUUCAUGCCCCAAGGUGACCCCAUGAUGCCCACACCCCACGGAGACCCAGCCAACGGGCCACCUCUUCCUCCAAGCCUGGGGUCUCAGCUGGGGAUGGGUGUCUGGAGGGCAGGCUCGGAAGUGAAGGGAGCCUCCCAUAAGGCUGCUGGCAUCCAUCUUUCCUGGGGGCCUGCCAUCAUCUCUGGGACAGGCAGGGUCCCACCCCCACUAAGCCUCGAGCUGGCCCCAUGGCUGGGCUCUGGUGUUCGUCAUCCAAAUGGCAACCAGAUCCCAGCUCUGGAGGUGAGAAAACAACCUUCCAGAGCCUGUGUCUCUCCCAGCUUACCUUGGGCUGCCUCAGAUCCCUCCCGUCACUCGGAAGGGACAACCCAGCCUGGGGACAAAAUGUCCGGUCCUGGGAAGCUUUCCACUGCUGGAGUGAGUGGGAAUCAGAGCCUCCUGGGACCACCAGGAGUAUGGUGCCACCGCCAAAGGAUGAGGAAUUUGAGUCGAUAACUUCCGGACGACACCACCUGCAGCACCCCACUGACAGUUCACUGCUCCAUUUGAACUGACAGGUUGGACCCCCUUCCCAGCUCUGUGGGGCACCUCCUUCAGCUCCUAGGCCCCUCUAUUGUCUGGCCGACAUUUGCUGGAAUCCACCCCUUUUCUCCCAGGCAGGUCAGUUUGGCUCUUCCGGGAGAUGCUUUUCCUGCCCCAUGACAGCUGGGAUCACACUCCAAGUAUGGGCAGUGAUGGCCUCCUUUGGGGCCACAGGCGGAGGUCUAGGUCCUCCCUCACCUGCAGACCCAGAGCGAAUACCUGUUAACCGCCAAAAGCAGGGUUCCUUUAGGGUUUGUCUGUCACGCCAGAGUUUGGGCACCUCUGGGGAAAGCCUCCCUCUGCUGACUGGUCUUGACAGUCUAGCCUGCUGCUGACAGAGCAUCGUUGAGAACAAGCAGUGCCCGGCGGUCCCUGAGCAGACAGCCCCUGCCCAUGAGUGAAUCUCCCUGAAGUUGCUGGACAGACUCCAGAGUGGUCUGGGAACCCUCAGAACAACCUGUGAGAGACACAUGAGAGAAUCCUAUCCUCCUACCACCAACCCAAUUUCCCUUGCUUCUUGUGCUGCUCCAUUGAUGGUAUUUUUCAGAGCAGGAGAAAGUAUGGGAACAAGGAACCCCCAUGCCCCACCCGAGGACCAAGCAUACGCCACCUGGUUCCUGGGCGGGACGAUGUCUGAGCGCCCAGUCUGUCUCCCACGGAAGGUGCACGGCGCUGUCUCUGGCUUUCUGCUGUGUGUAGGGUGGGGGCGGGCAGGCAGGUGGAUGAAUGAACACUUACUGCCCACCUUCAGUGUGCCAGGCCUCCCCGGCCCUGGUGCAUCGGACAGUUAUCUCAUUCAGUCUUUGCAGCAGCCUGCGAGAUAGGCAGGCAUUGUUAACCUCCUCUGUCUUUCAUUACUACUGGGGCUCAGAGAGGCCAGGCCAUGUCCAAAGUCACACAUCAAGUUAGUGGUGGCUAAGGUUCCAAUAUGGAUCUUCUGCUGCCAUGUCCACUGCUGCUUCCUUAGCCAUUAAGGGCCUUGGCCUUACAGGGAUGGUAGGGAAAGGUGGGUGGCCAAGAGCACAUCUACCCCAAGGCCCUGCCUGCUCAGGGAUCAUUCACAAGAGCCCUUUCUGCUGCCUCCUCUGCGAUGGGCUUAGGUCAGUCCUGGAACAGACAGGGCUGGUCUUUGCCCAGAGAAAUAAAGCCUUUGGUUGGAGAGAGCAGUAUGGAAAUGGCUACCUGCUCCCCUGCCAAGAUAAAACCGACCCACCCCUCUAUCACUACUCCCUACACUGCCGCUGUUGAUGUGUCUGCCCCACCAGUGAGGGCUCCCAAGGACUUGCACUCCCUGCUGGGUCCAGUGCUAGCCCUAUGGCUAAUCCACAGCAGACCACCACAAGUGUGAUUGGUAAAUAAAUGACUGAUCAGUGUUG